CCAUCACGUGAUCAAGUCUUUAGUAACGGAAAAACAAGUUGCCUGGCAACCGCUAGCCCUAGCAACAGAGCCAAGCAGGAGCAGCAACAUGGCGGAGCCCGACACCGGGGCCCUAGGGCCACAUCAACAGGACAGACUUCGAGACUGGAAGAUUCAAACUCGGAUUUCUGACGAGACAUACCUGAGGGAGCACAAGGAGGUGUAUCUGCUGCUUUCGUAUUUUACACGGGAUGUCCUGCUGAGGCGACCAGAUAAUAUUCGGGAGUUUGCGGCAGAUUACUUCACAAAUCCAUCUGUGGCAGACGAGAUCCGGGAGAAGAUGAGAUUGAACAAGGAGGUGGCUGUGGGUCUGGUUGAAUGUAACAAUCAGUCAAUCUGACUUUUAAAGUCAUUACAACAAGUAAUAGAUCCAUCAGUGUAGCUUCCAUUCACAUCACCAACUCCGGGAGACUGUCCAUGCAUCCACCUCCAUAAUAAUUUGACUACCAAAUGGCACGUUAUUUCAAGGAGGAAAUGUAUAAAAAGUAACCCAUUUUUAGAUUAGUUGUUGGAACCAUGUUACUUGUAGCAGUUAUUACAGAGAUGCGGUUAGUAUUAAAUUAAAUUGUCAUUAUUAUUACACUUUAAUACAAUCUUCAUUCAUUGUUUUUCAUUUAGUGUAUAUUUUCUUGACUUGCAUACUAAGAAUAGUCCAUAGAAACGUACCUACCGUAAUUAGUCUUGUUCCCUGCAUUCUGUGAAAUAAUUUUUUUCCACCAUCAGGUGGAAUCAGUCACUAUCUGCUGUAUCCCUUCACACUUUGUCAUUUACCCUGCUUUCUAUUUCCCAAACACUUUUUAUUCCCUAUCACCUCCUCAUCCUUAACCCUUACACCUGUUCCCACUACCAUCUUCAUUUUCCCUGUCAUCAACCCUUUCUACACAGCUGCAGCCAGUCUGAUUUGCUCCAUGUUUCUCCUCCUCCCUCAACUCUCUAGUCACCAACCCUGCUCCUCAUUCAUCUCUCAUCAAACCUGCACAUCUUUCCCCACCUCUUUCCAGCUCUCUGUUCCUUUCUCUCAUUCCUGUUUCUCAUUUCUAUCCUCUCAUACCAUUACUUAACCCUACCUCUUCCCAUUCACCACCUCUAUUGCUCCCUAUUUCUCUCCCAUGUUGUUGUCACCAUCCCUACACCACAUUCUUUCAACCCAUCCUUCCUCUUAUUCUCACUUUUCUCUCUCAUCUGAUCUCUAUUCCUCAUUCUUCACUUCUCUUUACCUAGCUCUCCAAACUACUCAACAAUCUUGCUCCCUAUUUCUCAGCUCUUUGCUGUCCAUGUAUUGCAUAUUUCUGUGCUUUCUGUUUUCAAUUAAUUUUUAGACUUCCUUGACCCAAUCACUACCUCUCCUUCGUCACCCAAUUCUCCCCCUCCCUUCCUGAAAACAGAUUCUUGGUCCUAGUAUCAGCUCUUUGCCAGAUGCCUCCAUCCUCCUCCCAGCCUGGGGGAGAGCUGUAAAAAAUGUAUCCAGGUUUCUUAGAGAUACAGAGACCCCCAGCGGGCAGGAGCAGUCUAAUUAGAAGAAGGGUGGGAGAGGGGCUUCCUGCCAAUCACACAUUUUAUAAAUGGUAACAUUAGGCUUUGUUUGCUGUGUUCCUCAGUUAGGUGUUUGUAUAUUUUACGUCCAUAUUGUUAAUAUUGCAUAUUUUACAUAAUAAUAAGAGAUGUGUGUAGGUAUCUAAACUCCCUGUAGAGCUUACAUUUUAUUAAUAUCACAGUAACAUUUUGAGGUCAGGAGAGAUCUAAAAUUAAUAGCCCCAAACCAUAGGCAUGUACGUGAUGUGUUUUUUUUUUUUAUUUAAAUAACCGUCUGUUAUUCCAAGCAAACUGCUAGGUAACUCAUUGAAUAAAUUAAACCUGGAUAUAUUGAAA